AUGCCUGGCAUGGCUGGAAAGAAUGCACGCAUAUCCUCUAUAGCAAUAGAUGAAUUAGCCCAAUUGAGUGACAGAUUAUCAGGUCAGACACUACAAGAAAGAGUAACAGCAUUUGUGCUGAGAGUGGCUGUGCUUGUUGGUGAUCUACCAGAAAAUAUUGAUGAAUUCUUGUGUAUUAUUCAUAAAAUUGACACUCAACUUGCUGAGAAAGCAGCCAAAGAUAUUGUUCAAAGCUGUGCUAAGCGUGGACAAAAUUUGUUUAAAUAUGCUGCAGUGACAGGGGCUAAACUUACCUCAUCUUCUCCUGGCUUAGUUAAUAAAUCUAGUUGUCAAGAGAAACUGAAAGAUGAUGAACCAGCUUCUAAACUGGCCUCUCGUGACCAUAGUCCUCUGCAAAUUAAUGAUCUGGCUGAGCUUCUUAAAUUACUCAAGAGACAUGGCUAUUCAGGAGUCACUUAUUAUGAUCUUGGUCUUUUUCUUGGUCUAUCACCUGGUACACUGGAUGCUAUAGAGAAUUCCAGAGAAGAUGUUUCAGCACGUCUGCGUGAGUGUCUUAAAGCAUGGCUACAAAAAGCGGAUGAUGUUGUUGAGAGUGGUGGCCCAACCAUCUAUUCACUGGUAUCAGCUUUGAAAGAAAAAAAUCAUAAUGCAGUAGCUGAUGGAAUAGAUAUGGAAGGUGAGUUUGAAUAAAUAUAAUUAGGAUAUGAUAUUUGUCUGGACUUGAUGCAUGGAUAAUAUUAGUG